AGCGGCAGCUCGCUUGUUAGUCCCCAACCGCCGCCGCCGCCGCCUCUCCACCAACGAUGACGCUGUCCAAAAGCCUGGUCGCGCUCGUGGCCGUCGCCCUGGCCGCCUUGCCGACUUAUUACGCCAAAUCGCUGCCGAGCUACUUCAAAGUGUGCGAGCGCGACGCAGACAACUUCGGCGAAUGCAUUGUAGAGUCCGUCAACGCUCUUCGGCCGCAUCUGGACAAGGGAAUCCGGUCGUUCAAGAUUCCCCCCCUGAACCCGUUGAGCCUGGAGGAGGUGAGCAUCGACGAGGGCACGGGCCCGGUCGCCAUCAACCUGAAACUGACCAAGCUGCGCGUCAAGGGUGGCCAGGACUACAAAGUCAACUGGGUCAGGCCUGAGCUGGAGAACCACAAGAUCCACUUCAGCAUUGACCUGCCCGUGUUGGAGAUGCACGGCGACUACGAGAUGGACGGACGCGCCCUCGUGCUCCCCAUCAAGGGCAAGGGCGUGGCUGACAUCAUCGUUUACAAGAUCUCGCCAAACGCGACGCUGAUCGGCAAGCCGGUGAUGCGGGACGGCGUCAAAUACAUGGAGGUUGAGGAUUUCCCCGUCAACAUCGGCCCGGCCAGCCUGGUCAAGCUGAACUUUGACAACCUCUUCGGCGGAAACAAGCAGUUGGGUGAUAACAUGAACCGCUUCCUGAACAGCAACUGGAAAGAAGUGAUGGACGAGCUGCGGCCGAUCAUCGAGAACGUGGUGUCUGCCUUCCUGAUUUCAGCUUCGCAGAGCAUCUUCAACACGGUGCCCUUCGACACACUCUUCCCUCUCAAGUCGGCGUGAAAAGCUGCCUAAUUUAGCUCAAAAAACGCAAACACACGCACACUGGUCUUUGUACGUUUAAAUAUAUAUUUUGUAUUUAUUCCUGCUAUUGAUAGUUGUUGUAAGCUUUUUUCUCACCUACGCACCUGUGCGGACCCUUGGCAUUUCAUUGACACAAUUUAAGGGUCAAACAUUUUCGUCCACUUGCGCUGGACACCGACUUUUUACUUGAGCACAUGCAAAAUGAGUGAUUGAUUGAUUGAUGGUGUUUCUUGUCCGUGAUUUUUGUUCUUAAGUUAGAGCUCCAUUGAGAGCAAUAGAAUAAUUUGUCACUGGCCGUGAAUGGACACAGAAAAAUAAAUAAAUAAAAACACGUGAUUUACAAUGAA